CACUAUCCGUGACGUUCACGCCGCCAUGUUUUUGUUUUGCAGCGGUAACGUGCUUGAAGACAGUGCAAAGAUCAGCGUGGAAGGACAACUGUUCGGAUGGUGUAUUCUAGCGAUUAAAACUCAUUUUCAUAAGUGCAUAUGAUUGUACUGUGCUUUAGAAGUGCCUUGCCGUUGACUGUGUUUUGAAAGAAAAAAUGUUUAGAAAAAGUCAGAACCUAAAAUAUAUAUUAAGUCUUGUACCUGGAAAAAGACGUUUUGGGACGUACAGAUUUUUGCCCUUGUUCUUCUGUAUCGGGGGCGUCAUGGAGUGGAUCAUGAUUAACGUGAGAAUAGGAAAAGAAACGUUUUAUGAUGUCUACAGAAGAAAACAAUCGGAGAGGGAAUACCAGCACAAGAUUGAGGAGGGCUUUGUGCUCACAGACUCUGAAGCCAAAUGAGAUCAUCAGAACACACUGGAAAUAAAUUAUCUUCAUGAUAAAGAGGCUGAAACAAAAACAGUUUUGAGACUUUUGCACACUAACACAAUUGUUUUUUAUCAUUCAAAAAUGGGUGUAUUAUUAUACAUAAAGUGUAGAGCAGCUUUGACAUGGACUGCAUGAUUAUGAUGACACAUGAGGUGCAGAAGGCUGCCAAUGUUUGCUUCUGUUAGGAAGAUGGCAUUUUUUGUAUUGUUUAAAAUAUAAAGAUGGCUAUUUACACAGACACAGAAAGAUCUGUCUGUGCUGUGAUUCUAAAUAAUACACUUUGGAAGCUUGUAAAAGGUAAAAAAUAGGAUUCUGUAAGUCAUAAUAAUGAGAAACUUUCUCACAAUUAUGACUUAGCAUCUCAUUAUAUUGAGAAAGUUACUUAUUUAUGAGAACAUUUAUACAUUUAUUGUAAUUACUGCUCAUUAUCAUAAUGCAAAAUGUUUACCAUGAGUUUAUAUCAUUAAAAUGAGAAAAAAAUAAAAUUUUCUUAUCUUAUGAUCAUGACAGUAUAUUGUUAUACGACUUUUUAUAUAUAUUACUUACAAUAAUGAGAAACUGAUAGUUCCUAAGUCAUUUUUAUGAUAGACUUUAUCAGUGUAUGCUAAUACAUAAUUAUGAGACUAUAUUUAUUCUUUACUUAUUUUUUUACCCAGCUUUAGUGGAAACAGGAAAAAAGAUGGUCUAUUGUAGUGCAUAUUUUGUGCGAUUUAAGUUUAUGAAGAUAAAGUCCAGCAAAUA